AUGUGCAAAUCGAGUCAUCCGAAAGAGAUUGAAAAUAAAAAAUAUUGCACUCGUCACUCGGGGAAAUCAUAUCCUUCCAUAGAAGAAAUGAAAACUCCAAACGGCGCCAUAUUAUAUGCUCUCAAAGGACAAAACGUCGGCGUUUUAACGGGACAUGUUGGUAAUUCUAAAGAAACCGUUGUCCAAAACCGGAAAAUGGAAUCCGGAACAUCAGCCCCAAUGUUACUGUUCCCGUUUUGCAGUUAUGCAGGUCGGUAUUUUGCACAAAAUUAA